AUGGCUAAUACCUAUAAAUCGAUAGCUGUAUCAAUAAUCUUCCUACUAUACUUUUCUUGUGUCUCAAGUCAACAACAAACCAAAUUUCUUAACCAUGGCUUUCUGGAAGCUAAUCUCCUCAAGUCUGGCUCGUCCAAGAUCCACCCGAGUGGCCACUUGGAGUUGACAAACACUUCGAUGAGGCAAAUAGGUCAAGCUUUUCAUGGCUUUCCCAUACCAUUCUUAAACCCCAACUCCUCAAAUUUGGUAUCUUUCCCCACAAGCUUCGUCUUUGCCAUCACUCCAGGACCUGGCGCACCAGGCCACGGCUUAGCUUUUGUCAUUUCACCCUCGCUGGACUUUAGCGGGGCCUUACCAAGCAAUUAUCUAGGCCUAUUCAAUACCUCCAACAAUGGAAACUCCUUGAAUUGCAUUCUUGCAGUUGAAUUCGACACUGUGCAGGCCGUUGAGUUGAACGAUAUUGAUGAUAACCAUGUUGGUAUAGACCUCAACGGAGUGAUCUCCAUUGAGUCUACCUCCGCUGAAUAUUUUGAUGACCGAGAGGCAAAGAACAUAAGUUUGAGGCUGGCGAGUGGGAAACCAAUAAGAGUCUGGAUCGAAUACAACGCAACUGAGACGAUGCUCAAUGUCACAUUGGCUCCUCUAGAUCGUCCGAAGCCAAAGUUGCCUCUUCUCUCUAGAAAACUAAAUCUUUCUGGGAUCAUCUCUGAAGAAAAUUAUGUUGGAUUCUCUGCAGCCACGGGAACUGUCACGAGCUCACAUUUUGUGCUAGGCUGGAGCUUCAGCAUCGAGGGGAAAGCAUCAGACUUUGAUAUCACGAAGCUUCCCUCUCUUCCAGACCCGCUACCUCCAUUGUCUCCAUCCCCGAGUCCUCCGGUUUCAGUCAUGAAAAAUUCGAGUAACACGAUGCUGAUCAUAAUCAUUGCUGCAUCAGCAAUAUUUGGAAUCUUGAUCUUAAGCUUCUUAGCGGUUUGCUUUUUUCGUAGAACGGAAAACUUCACCGGAGGCGCACGGAAAUUCUCCCACCAGACGAUUUCCAGCGCGACGGGAGGUUUUGACAACUCUAAGCUUUUGGGAGAGGGAAACUCUGGGAGUUUUUAUAAAGGGCAACUUGCUCCUACAGAGAUAAUUGCCGUAAAGAGAAUUACUUGCAACACAAGGCAAGAAAAGACAGCCCUAAUAGCCGAGAUCGAUGCAAUCUCCAAGGUAAAACAAAGAAAUCUUGUUGAUCUACAUGGUUACUGCAGCAAAGGAAACGAGAUCUAUCUUGUUUACGAGUAUGUUAUCAAUAGAAGCCUAGACCGGUUCUUGUUCAGCAACGACCUACCAGUUCUCAAAUGGGUACACCGGUUUUGUAUUAUAAAGGGUAUUGCGUCAGCACUUCAACAUCUUCACGCUGAGGUUCAAAAACCUCUCAUACACGGAAAUGUCAAAGCAAGUAACGUUCUUUUGGACGGAGAGCUAAACGCUCGACUAGGAGACUAUGGACAUGGAAGCAGACACAGCACUACGGGACACGUUGCACCAGAACUAGUCAACACGGGAAAGGCUACAUGUGCCACAGAUGUGUUUGAAUUUGGAGUGUUAAUCAUGGAGAUUGUUUGUGGAAGGAGAGCCAUAGAGCCGACAAAGGAACCGGUAGAGAUCAGUUUAGUGAACUGGGUGCUUCGAGGGGUCAAGAGCGGAAAUCUCUUAAGGAGAUGCGACAAAAGAAUCAAGAAAAAGAAUUUAGUCUCUGAAGAAGUGUUAUUGGUUCUGAAAACAGGACUUCUCUGCGUGAGACGAUCUCCAGAAGAUAGGCCAAUGAUGAAGAAAGUGUUGGAGUAUCUCAACGGUACAGAACAUCUCCCUCAUGAUGACUACGUCGUCUAA